UACCCAUAAAUCACCACGCUACAAAAUGGCCACACUUAUACACGAUGCGUUAAAUCAUUGAAACAGCGCUUUCUUUUUUUUUGCGCGAGACCAGCUGUGAUUUCUCUAUAUUUGUGUUUAUGAGUGAAAAUAAUAAAAAAAGGAGAGAGAGAAAAAGUAAUCAAGCUGAUGCUUUGUCCCUGUUUCAUAUGAUGUUCAACUGAGCCUGCUGCCUACGGAAUUGGUUGAAGAGCUGAGCAUCGGGUAGCUCCGACGUGUACAGAAUGGCCGCUUUGGCAGCAAAACGAGACGGACCUCAGUUCAUCAGUGAAGUGGCCGUCCGAGGAAAUGCAGCAGUACUGGAAUACUGCAGGACAUCUGUGUCAGCUUUGUCAGGAGCCACGGCAGGAAUUCUGGGCCUAACAGGACUCUAUGGCUUUAUCUUCUACUUCCUCGCUUCGUUCCUCCUCUCCUUGUUGCUUAUACUUAAAGCUGGGCGCAAGUGGAACAAAUAUUUCAAGUCAAGAAGGCUGCUGUUUACUGGGGGGCUAGUGGGGGGCCUUUUCACUUAUGUCCUCUUCUGGACCUUCCUGUAUGGUAUGGUGCACGUGUACUAAAUGUACGGAGUUGGAGAUUGACACACUUGCAGUGGCUUUGAGCUCGAAUUAUGGUUUUAACUAAUUUUUACUUACUGUAUAGCUAGGAUUUAAUUUAUGUUCAAUUCCUCUUUAAACUGCCAAAAAUAAGAAAAUUGAAAAUGUCUUAGUUUUUAUGUUGCAUAAUGAAAUGUGAAAAAGCUACAUAACCUUCUGUAGACUCAAAACAGUUGUAAUAAUUCCACUAAAAUGACAGUUGCUAUGUCUGCACUACAGAGAAUUUAAGUAAAAAUAAAUUCUGAUCUUUGUG